CGCACGGCAUUCUGGGCCUCUGCGGGCUCAGGCUGCGACGCCAUCUUUAAACCCCAGAAGGAGCAGCCGUCGGAAGAAGUGUUGGUAUCAGUCGCUUUCGCUGGGUGUGUUCAUUACGGAUAUUGUGGGGUUUCUGCGUUGGUACUUCCGCGAGGGACCGGGGCGGCGCGCCUCUCUUUAAUUAACAGACGCCACAGCCGCUGGUUGUGGUUCAGGCUCCGCUGCUCGGCCGCAGCAGCUCCCGAGUUACCCCCCCGCAGCCCGGCCGGAGAUGAGCGGAAGAUGUCGGUGUCGGGGCUGAAGGCCGAGCUGAAGUUUCUGGAGUCCAUUUUCGACCCAAACCACGAACGCUUCCGAAUCAUAGACUGGAAGCCCGAUGAGCUCAGCUGCCAGUUCAACGUGACGGGGGAAAAGCUGCUGAUAAUCCACUGCAAUAUCACGGAGUCCUACCCCUCCACGCCCCCAAUAUGGUUUGUGGACUCUGAUGACCCCAGUCUGGCGCAGGUGCUGGAGCGCUUGGAGGAUGUGAGGAAGGGCAGCACCUUGCUCCUGCAGCAGCUGAAGCGGUUGAUCUGUGACCUCUGUCGGUUGUACAACCUGCCCCAGCACCCUGAUGUGGAGAUGCUGGACCAGCCGCUCCCCACAGGCCCCGUACACCCUGAGCGGAAGCAUGUGCUGCCUGACGAAGUAACUUCUGAGGAAGAAGAGGAGGAAGAUAUGGGAGAGCAGGACAUUGAAGAUCUUGACCACUAUGACAUGAAAGAGGAGGAGCCCGUGGAUGGCAAGAAGUCUGAGGAUGAUGGGAUCGAGAAGGAGAACCUGGCCAUCCUGGAGAAGAUCCGCAAAAACCAAAGGCAGGACCAUUUGAAUGGUGCCGUGUCCGGGUCAGUGCAGGCCUCCGAUCGUCUCAUGAAGGAGCUCAGGGAGAUAUACCGGUCACAGAGCUACAAGACAGGAAUCUACUCGGUGGAGCUUGUCAAUGACAGUCUUUACGAGUGGCACGUCAAGUUGAGGACGGUAGACCCAGACAGCCCGUUACAUAGUGAUUUACAAGUUUUGAAGGAAAAGGAGGGCAUGGACUACAUUCUGCUCAAUUUCUCCUACAAAGACAAUUUUCCAUUUGACCCGCCAUUCGUGCGAGUCGUCUCACCUGUGCUUUCCGGGGGUUACGUUCUGGGAGGCGGUGCCCUCUGCAUGGAGCUCCUCACAAAGCAGGGUUGGAGCAGUGCAUAUUCAAUAGAGUCCGUCAUCAUGCAGAUCAACGCCACCUUAGUGAAAGGAAAGGCCAGAGUGCAGUUUGGAGCCAAUAAGAACCAGUACAAUCUUGCCAGAGCACAGCAAUCAUAUAGAUCACUGGUACAGAUUCAUGAAAAAAAUGGCUGGUACACACCCCCUAAAGAAGACGGGUAAACAGGAAGCCCUCCCCGAGUGUGCGCACUGGGACCACUUGUUGUUUUUGUUUUUUUUUUUUUUUCUCGUCUCUCCCGUCUUAUUCUCUCUCCCCUGACUCUCAAACUGACUUUAUUGGGAGUGCGACUCCAAAUACGCUUGACCUCCAAACGCCUUCGCUUGGAGGCUGUUCACAUCCACUGGGUAAAAUGUCACCAUCCUCUCCUGUCUGCUGCCGGACGGCCACAUCUGUCCUGCUUCCCUGCUGCCCCCCCCCCCCCCCCCCCC